GGCCCAACUCUGCUGUCCGGGCCGGACCUUGCUCCUGCGGCUUCUCGGAGCCGCCCAUGGGGACGGGCCGGGGGCGAAGCGGGGAACGUGGCGGCGCCAGCGCGGGGAAGUGCUGCCCGCGGAACUUCCGCGCAGGAAAGUUUGACCCGCGCUGCGUGUGUUGGCUCUCCGGGCCCCAAGAACGGUAUGUUGGACUUUGUGUUUGCUGUGGAUGAUUCUGUGACUUGGCACAUGAUGAAUUUGUUAAAGAAUAAGAGUCAUUAUUCUUUCCUAAAAUUUUUGGGGCCAAAACAAAUAAGUAAUAUACAGAACUAUGGAGCUGGAAUUUACUACAACACUUUAGUGCCUUUUCAUGGUAGGAUGAUAAAAUAUGGUGUAAUUGGCACAAAGUUCUUGAUUGAAGAUUUGCUUCACUGGAAAACUCUCUAUGUUGCUGGACGCCUACAAAAGCCGGUAAAAAUUCUGACCCAAAAUGAGAAUGGCAAGCUACAAGCUGCCCUUGUUAGCAAUUUGAAGAGUGCAGUCACAGCAGCCUUUCUCAUGUUGCCAGAAAGUUUCUGUGAAGAAGAUCUCUAUAUGCAGAUUGCAGGACUUUCCUACUCUGGUGACUUCAGAAUGAUAAUUGGAGAAGACGGGUUAAAGGUGCAGAACAUUGUGAAACCUAAUGUGCCCCAUUUUCAGAAGCUCUAUGCUAACAUAUUACAGGACUGCCCUCAGGUAGUAUACAAGCAUCAGCUUGGAAGGCUGGAGAUUGAUAAAAGUCCAGAAGGUCAAUUCACACAAUUAAUGGCUUUGCCCAGAACGCUGCAACAAAAGAUAACUGCUCUUGUAGACCCUCCUGGCAAGAACCGAGACGUGGAAGAGAUUUUACUGCAAGUUGCCCAUGACCCUGACUGUGGAUUAGUGGUACGCCAGGGCAUUUCAGGAAUUGUGAGGUCUUCCAGUUUAGUGCAGAGUGCUAAAACCAUUCUAACAGCUGCUCGGAAGAAGUCAUGGUGCAGGCCUCAAGAAAUUUCUUACACAUGCACCUAAUUUAAAGACCCUUUAUCCAGACCACACAAGGAUGAGAUGAUAUUCCAGAGCUGCUCAUCAUCUUCAAUUCACACUUUAUACUCAAGUUUAUGCCUAUUGCCUUUUAGAAAGUAAUGUUUUAAUAGUGUUUGGGGCCCCUAGUAGUUUGACUAAAAUAACUAUGGAAGUAGAAACAGUUGUGUCCUGAAUGCUGAUCUGGUUCUUUUAAAAUCAGUUUUAUAGUUGAGUUGCAUUAUAUGAAAGGAAGGUAGUGAGCCUAUUGCCCAUCCUUCCUUGUUAAUUUGAAGAAAUUGAAGAAACAAAGCAACUCAGAAUUAGAGGAGGAAGGCAGAGGGUUUUUUUUUAAUCUUGUAUAAUGAACUGGACAUAUUAAUUGCCGGCCUUCAUUGGAUUCAGUUCCUUCAAAUUUUUUCCCAAUAAUAUUCUAGUGGUCUCACUUUUUCACGUGCAUGCAGUUGACCAGUAAAAUAUUACGUGUGUCACUAGGAGAGUAGUUUUCAAGUUCCUAAAGUCUUGGAACUUUUUCAUAUAAUUUCUUCUGCCGUGGAACCCCCUACCUCUGGUUCCCCGGGCUGUGAGAGCUGAUGUAGAGCCAAGCAACCUGGUCCAGCAAUAGCAAAACACUGUCUCCUGACCUGCUCCACCAUAACUCCCAGUCUCUUUGUGGAGCCCUUGAUCACCUGUUGUGGAACCCCAGGGUUCUGUGGAACACAGUUUGAAAAUCACUGACCUAGGGCAUUAUACUGUUAGAAGCGCAAGGUUAAGUAUAUUGUUAUAGGUAAAAUAAAAAUGGCACUUAAAACAGGGGUGAUCAGCCCUCAGCCUGUGGACCAGACCUGGUCCCUAGUGCUGUGUCAUCCAGCCUAUAGGGCUCCAGAAAUUUGGUGGUUGGGGAACACAGGCACCACUCUGCUGCCAAAUUUCCAGACCAUGGGAAGUCCCAGGCCCUGUGCACUGGAUUGGGUGCUUGAUCCCAACACACAGUGCUAUUUGGGGGCAGUGCCAGGCCCCUGGUUCCACUCACAGUUUGGAGGGGGCCAGAAGAGGGCAGCGCACAGGAGCAGGUGGCGCCAGGCCCCCAGGGUCCAAUCCCAGCACAUGGCACCAAGAGAAGAUGGCCCUGGGGCCCAAUCCAGGCAGGCAGCACCAGGACCCAGUCCUGGUACACAAGGAUCCAUCCAUACUGUAGGGCCCCAUGCCAUUCAUGUGUAGGGCUCUGAGAAAAUAGCAGAUUUCUUGUUUACAACUUGGCGGCACGUGAGCAGGUAUGGUAUCACUUUUUUCAUGGAAUAUUCAUAGAACUACCACUGAUCUUGGCAAAUGCGUCCUGGUAGUUCCAUGAAUAUUCCGUGAAAAAUGAUACUUUACCCAUGCACAUGCAGCAGGCAGACACACAGUCAUAGACAGUGGAAGGCUGGGACCAAUGGGGCUUAACUCCCCCCCCCACCAAAUGCGGGGUAGAGCAGAGGUCCACAGGGCAGCCUGGGCACGGGCUCUGGGCAGCUGCAACAGGGAGGUGGAAGGGAUGGCAC